CAUUCUUUCUUUCCAUCUCUUUUCCCUUUUUCUCACCUAAAUUUUAUAAUGAAUUAAAUAAUACGACUCGCACAGUUUUUGUCAGAACGACUCGCAAUUCCUCUCCCUUAUCUUUGCCGAUCAAGAACGCAACAACACAAUCCCCACAUAAAGCCUAAAACUUUUACAAUACUCUUCUCUUUUAUCUCUACCCUAUACUCUAUAACCUCCAACAUCUGCCUCUCUUUCAAGUCCAAUUUACAUUUGCCUGCGUUGAUUCUUGAACUGAAGCUUUGUAAUCGGUUUCUAAGUUCUGUUUGUAUGAUUUGUGGUGUAAAUUGGAGUUUGAAGGCGUAUAGUUUGAUUUUAUUUCCCAAAUAAAGUUAACCCGAUUAACUUUUCAAUAAUAAAGUGCGUUUCGACUUAUUUCUGUUGCUGAUCUUGUAUGUAUCUGUUUUAUAUGGUGGGUAUAUACCCUAUGCCUUCAGAAUGCGGUGUUGAAAAUUUUGCCUGUAAGUGUUUGUGAAAGUCCUCAACGAGUGUUCGAAGAUAAAAAAAAAAGUUGAAGAAAAUGGGAUCCGGGAAUGGGUUUUACUCAACAGGGGAGUUUAAUUUGGAAGCAAAGUGGUCGAUUGAUCCGAAGCUUCUUUUUGUUGGUCCAAAGAUCGGAGAAGGUGCACAUUCAAAAGUCUAUGAGGGCAAAUAUAAAAACCAGAAUGUUGCGAUUAAGAUCAUAAACAAAGGCGACACCCCAGAAGAAAUUUCAAAGAUCGAAGGUCGUUUUGCUCGAGAAAUCGCCAUGUUGUCUAAAGUCCAACACAAGAACUUAGUAAAGGUAAUCUUGAUCAAAUAUUAUAUCAGAUCUUACAACAAUUACAUAAAAUUCUGUAUGAAAAUGAAUAUGAAUAUGAUCACACUACAGUUUAUUGGAGCUUGUAAGAAACCAAUCAUGGUGAUUGUAACCGAGCUUCUUACUGGUGGCACACUACGUAAAUAUUUAUUAAAUAUGCGACCAAGGGGAUUGUUGGAUACACGUGUCGCUAUUGGGUUUGCACUUGAUAUAGCUCGAGCAAUGGAAUGCUUACACUCACAUGGAAUCAUUCAUCGUGAUUUAAAACCUGAAAACUUGUUGUUGACAUCCGAUCACAAAUCUAUAAAACUCGCUGAUUUUGGUUUGGCAAGAGAAGAAUCGUUAACAGAGAUGAUGACUGCAGAAACAGGAACUUAUCGCUGGAUGGCUCCAGAGCUUUAUAGCACUGUAACAUUAAGACAUGGAGAAAAGAAACAUUAUAACCACAAGGUGGAUGCAUACAGCUUUGCAAUUGUUUUGUGGGAGCUUAUACACAAUAAGUUGCCUUUUGAAGGCAUGUCAAAUCUUCAAGCCGCCUAUGCAGCCGCCUUUAAGAAUGUGAGGCCGAGUGCUGAUGAACUGCCUGAGGAUUUGGCUUUAAUUGUGACAUCUUGUUGGAAGGAAGAUCCGAAUGGUCGGCCAAAUUUCAGUCAAAUUAUACAAAUGCUUCACCAUUACCUGUCAACCACCGCGGUGCCGCCGCCACCGGAAGCCACCGCGGUGCCGCCACGGAUGUUCAACGUGUUUCUGCCGGAUUCCCCUGGAACAAGCACGUUGAUCUCAAAAGAAGAUGAAAUACCAACAACGCCCCUGCAUGACACCCCGAAAGGUGGUCCGUUUUCGUGCUUUUAUCGGUGUUGUCGGUGAUAUUGACAAAAGGGUAGUUUUGGAACAUACUUAUCAAGUAAAAAUAGGACAAGUGUUGAUGGAGAAGGUGUAAAUUAUGAAGUGAGUUUAGAUGAGAUGAUAGUUGUGGUUGUAAAAUAUAAAAGCUAUUUGUUUCAAGGGUAAUAAAAUUCCUUCUGUUGACAUCAAAA